AUGUCGGAGUUCGAAUACAACGACAACCUCGUUUCGUGCACUGGCAACGACUACGAUUCUGCUUUCGAAAGCGAUAGUGGAAAACAUAAGAAAAAAGUUGAGAGAGAUCCUCUCACUGCCGGGACCUCGACCGCGGUAAACACCGCUGUCAGACUCAAAGACGUCAAAGAACACGCUCAACAAGAAUACUUGAGAGAAGCAAAACUCCGGGACCGCUACGCAGAACCGCUCCUCGACGCCUACAGCCGGCACAAAAAACUCAUCAAUGAGUAUUUCCUUUGCUAUAAGGGACAGGCUGAGAAACUCCGGAGAGAUCCCUCGCGAGACAGAACCGACGCCGACGCCUUGCGCGAGAAUCAUCGAUUCGUGUGGGAUGACGUGGACACAAGUCAACUCACUUGGGAGGAACGUCUCGCCAAGAAGUACUACGAGAAACUCUUCAAAGAGUACUGCAUCACAGAUCUCAGACUGUACAAGGAACAGAAAAUCGCGUUCCGAUGGAGGACCGAACAGGAAGUCGUAAUAGGAAAAGGUCAGUUCAGCUGCGGGGAGAAGCACUGCAAAAACGAGGAGGGUCUCCGGAGUUGGGAGGUGAACUUCGCCUACGUCGAGCAUGGCGAACGCAAGAACGCCCUUGUCAAAGUGAGAUUAUGCGAGAGCUGUUCCCGGAAACUGAAUCAUGGCAAACAGCGGCGUGAGGUUACCAAGAAACCGAAAGAUCGCACCAAGCAUGCGGGUGGUCGGAGUGAAAAACGUAAACACUCGGAGAAAUCCGGCAGCAAAAGCAAGAGGAAAAAGAGUCGGAAAGACGGAGCUUCGAACUCAUCUGAGAGUUCGGAUUCCGACGAGGAGAUUCGCGUGAAGGUUCUCGAGGAGAAACGCCUCGAAGACGAGAACCCCUGGGCGAAACCGAUCGCGAAGGAGGAUGAGCCGAACCUCGAGGACGAAUUCGAUUCCUUCCUGGACGACAUGCUACUCUGA